UGAUAGCAACGCGUCAAGCUCUCCGUGCGAAAUUGUUUUCUUUACUUUCCUCUAGAAGCCAUACCUCCGCCAAAGCGAUCUCAAGGUUUAGCUCAGGAAAUUUAUCGAGAUGGCGGAGGCUCAUUCAUCCUCCCAAAAAGAGCUUAAAAUUGGUAGUUGUGGUGGGAUCAGCCGCUAUGGUGUGUGGUGGAAUUACCAUUUAUAUGUUUUCAGAAGCUGAUACAACCCUUAAGGAUAAUAAUUUAGGCUACCAAGCAGUAGAAUAUGCUGGGAUUGGAGGCAAGACUAGAUCCUGGACUGGAUUAAUUGAUAUGUAUAUGAAAGAGAAAGAGAGGAGAGAGAUUGAGGAAAGACGGCACUACCCUUUGGAUAUGAGAUUGAAGGAGAAUAUUGUUGGACAAGAAGAAGCCAUUCUCACAGUUGCUGCAACAAUUCGUAGAAGAGAAAAUGGUUGGUAUGAUGAGGAACAUCCCCUUGUGUUUCUCUUUCUUGGAUCUUCAGGAGUUGGAAAAACAGAGCUUGCCAAACAAGUGGCUAGGUAUCUUCAAAAAGGCAACAAGAAGGGUUUUAUAAGACUGGACAUGUCUGAAUACCAAGAGAAACAUGAGGUUGCAAAAAUGAUCGGUGCACCACCAGGUUACACUGGACAUGAUGAAGGUGGACAAUUGACAAAGAAACUCAAGGAGUGUCCAAAUGCUGUCGUGUUAUUUGAUGAGGUGGAUAAGGCCCACCCAGACAUUUUAACAGUCAUGCUCCAGUUGUUUGAUGAGGGUCGUUUGACAGACGGACAGGGGAAGACGAUUGUAUGCAAAGAUGCCAUUUUCGUGAUGACUUCAAACCUUGCUAGUGAAGAAAUAGCAAAUCAUGUAUUGGAACUGAGAAGAGAAGCAAAACUAGCUGCUGAACAAAGACAAGAAGGUGGUGAAGUAAGCGAAAAGGUUACUAUAUCAAGAAAGUUUAAAGAAAGAGUGGUCCAGCCUAUUCUGAAGGCUCACUUCGGACGAGACGAGUUCUUGGGUCGCAUCAAUGAGAUAGUUUACUUCCUACCAUUUUCACAGCCAGAGCUUUUAAGCUUAGUGAAGAAAGAGCUGGAUUUCUUGUCAGAAAUGGCAUUGAAUCGACAUGAUAUCCACAUGAGUUGGGAUAAAGAAGUCUUGGAUGUACUGGCUGAUGGCUACAACAUACAUUACGGAGCGAGAUCGAUAAAACACGAAGUUGAAAGAAGAGUUGUCAAUCAACUUGCUGCUGCGCAUGAGCAAGAGCUGAUAAGUUCCGGAUGCACCCUGCACUUAACAGUGAGCCGCCCCAAAGAUAAAACAGGACGGAACUCAGAGAAAGUAGCUCCUACCAUCAAACUGCAACACAUUAGGGAAGCAGGGCAUGAAAUUGCACCUAAUACAGGUGCCAAUGAGAAUAAAUUUUUCUCUUUGGCGACUAAAUUUUUCUCUCUGGUGACCAAAUCCUGAAAAUUAGGCACCAAACUGGCAACUAGAAUGCUUCAUCAUAACCUUACCUAAAGAUAUAAUGAGCUAAAAAGAUUUGCAAAAGUAAAUCCGCAGCAAACGUCCUCUUUAAGUUUGUUUCCAAAACACAGCACAUGCAUCUCAAUCACUGACUAGACGCCAUUUUGGAUUUAGGUUAGCUUAAAGGUUGUAUAUCAUCCAUCGUAGAGUCCACUUUGUGGCACAUAAAAGAUCUUUUUCCUAACUUCAUUUUGGAGGUUCUAUCUAGGACGCUGACAGCGUAAAAAAAGGGUUUGUUUCUCUUUAAAAAUGGUGACCAACUUUUUUUGAAUCGGGUACCACUUUGAAAAAUUU